AAAGGGUGCUUCACGUUAAAAGAAGUAAGGGCAGUUGCACUGAAUAGAGGCGUAGGGGUUAGCUUAGCUUUAUCCAUAUAACUCCGAAAGCAAUAUAAAUAAAUGUAGUAUUGAAGACUCGGGAAUUGAAAACAAAGGCACAUAGAAACAAACAAAGCAGCAAGAGAGAGAAAGGUGUUUGAUCAAUCAAUAUUCAAUGGCGUCAAGGAAGAACUUUCUUUCAAAGCCGAGUCGCUACAUCUUUCCGGCAACCUCAGACACCCAUUUGAGCCCAACCCAACAAGAGGGCAUCUUCGAGUUCGACGAGGCUGAGUUGUGGAACCACUCCGAAGCCACCAAAAAGGGGUUACCUUCUUCGGGUUCGCGAUCCCUUGCGAAGAGAGCAUCGAGGAAUAACAACAAGGUAGAUCAUGGUGGAGGAGGUCGAGUGGGUCCAGCGUCAUUGCCCGUUAACAUACCCGAUUGGUCCAAGAUCUUGAAGGAGGACUACAAGGAGCACCCAAAGUGGGAGAGUGAUGGUGAUGAUGAAGAAGAACACGUUGGUGAUGAAGGAAACCAACGAGGGUUUAGGGUACCCCCUCAUGAGUAUCUCGCUAGGACAAGAGGUGCUUCUCUCUCGGUGCAUGAAGGGAUUGGAAGGACCCUCAAAGGAAGGGACUUGCGUAGUGUCAGAAAUGCCAUUUGGAAGAAAGUGGGCUUUGAAGAUUGAUUAAUUAAUUCAUCAUAACAAAAAUUAGUGUUAAAAUGGGGAUUAGUGCUAGGUUGUUACAACUUUCAAGAGAGAAAGAGAGAUAAGAUAUGGAUCAGAUUCCAGAAAUUUUUUUUAUAUUGGAAAAUUUUGGUUAAGGCGAUGAUUACUUUAGUGCCUGCUAGUUUUAGCUAUAUGUUUCAACUUUGAACAGAUCCGUAUGCUAUAUAUAUGUUGUUCUUGUGGAUGAUCCUAUAUGUAGUUAGGGAACGUUUUGUUUCUUUUUGAAAUGUUGACUCGUACUGUUAAGCAAGGAGAUGAUCAUGAUGAUCCUCAUUUUGGGUGUCUACUGUUUUUAAAGAAGGACCACCACUCAUAUAUGCUUGUAUUUGUAAUGAUCUCUUCAACUAUUUUAAUUGAUCAUUGGACAUAUUAUAUA